AUGUCUCGUCAGAUUCAAGAAUAUCUUAACAGUUUGCAAUCUUAUGCUCAACAAUUAACCACUAGUGGCAACAAUCAACAGCGACAAAAUGCUCAAUAUUUACAAACUCUUAUCCAGCACGAAAAUUCACCCAAUCUUCAACCAAAAAACAAUAAUAAUUCUUUGUUAAUUGGCGGUUUAAUCGUCCUAAGUUUUGUAGUUUUAG